CGUGCGCACAUAGCGGCGUAGUGGGGAUGAUGGCGGCGGUGCGGGCGCUCUGUCGACCCGUCCUGACCGCCCCGCGGUGCCGGUGCCGGCUGUGGGCACAGCCGGGCCGCAAGGCCAACGUUCCCCCUCAUAGCGGUACAUCGCCGGGAGCGCGGAGCCCGUUUGACCGGCGGCUGAAGAGGAAGCAGAAGAACUGGGCGGCUCUGCAGCCGGCGAAGUACGAGUACCUGCGGGAUGAGGUCGGCUGCGGCGUGGCGGACCGGGUGCUCGACAUCCCCAGGACGUUCCCCCUCGCUUUGGACCUCGGCUGUGGGAGAGGGUACAUCGCCCAGCACCUGAACCAGGAAGUCAUCGAAAAACUCGUUCAGGUCGAUAUUGCGGAGAAUGUUUUCAAAAACACUGUAGAGUCUGACAUCCCCACAGUCAGCGUGGUGGCUGAUGAGGAGUUCCUGCCUUUCAAAGAAGACACGUUUGACCUUGUUGUGAGUAGCCUGAGUUUACACUGGGUGAAUGACCUUCCUAAAGCUUUUAGAGAGAUUCACCACGUUCUUAAGCCAGACGGAGUCUUCAUUGGUGCAAUGUUUGGGGGAGACACUCUGUAUGAGCUUCGCUGCUCUUUGCAGCUGGCAGAGUUGGAGAGAGAAGGGGGAUUUUCUCCUCACGUGUCACCGUUUGUUGCUGUGUCAGAUCUGGGACAUCUCCUGGCAAGAGCUGGGUUUAACACCCUGACUGUGGAUACUGAUGAAAUUCAAGUAAACUAUCCAGGGUUGUUUGAGGUUAUGGAAGACUUGCAAGGUAUGGGAGAAAGUAAUUGCUCUUGGAAUAGAAAGCCUCUGCUACACAGGGAUACAAUGUUGGCAGCUGCAGCAAUAUACCGAGAAAUGUACGGCAAUAGCGAUGGUUCAGUACCUGCCACUUUCCAGAUCUUCUACAUGAUCGGAUGGAAAUUCCACGAGUCACAGGCAAAGCCUGCACAGAGAGGUUCUGCGACGGUUUCCUUGGCAGAUCUGGCAAAAAUAGAUAAAUUUCUUCAUCAGAAAUAAAAGCGGGUUUUGAGCUCCUAUAAAACUUGUCAGUGCAGGUAUCCUCCACUUGGUUACAUUUUGAAGUGAUAAUCUGCAUCCAGCAGGGAAUUUUAAUGCCUCCGCUACAUCAGAUGUGUAACAUGGUGUUCAUUUUCCCCCAGAGAAGUAUUUGAGCAGCACACUAAGCAGUACGUACUCCUCCUAUUUGAUUAAGUUACUGUUCUCAAAUAUAACUCCUUUCCUACUAUUUCAGUAGCACAGACUUGAGUGUAUUAUCACAGUAUUACCUUCAAAUUGUUCCUAAAGGAUGGUAGAUCAUAAUAGAUAGGUUUGUCACUAAGUACCGUUCUUCAUACGAGAGCAUCAGCAAACACACAGAUCUAACUUGAUGUUUUUGUUAGCUGGAAAUAACAGGUGAAAAUAUACUGAGACUCUCAUUUGAACAUUAAACUUGUAUAAAAUGAA